AUGUAUGGCGAUCAAAUUCACUGUUUCUUACUCAGGCUACGUGGCCCAAAACCUAGCCACCGCCUCCGGAAAAUCCAAUACAUGCCGAAUUUUCACGAGGUUUUUUCUCGUCCUCGUAUAUUCCAGAAUCCCGACCGAGAUCCCGUCGCCGGGUACGGUCCGGCAGCAACGGCGGGUUCAAGAUCCAUCCCCUCUGCAUCCAUGAGCCCUACCCUUGAUGUGGGUGAUCGCAUAAUGGCUGAAAAGGUUUCAUACAUCUUUCGGAAGCCAGAAGUUUCAGAUAUUGUUAUCUUCAAGGCUCCUCCCAUUCUUCAGGAAUUUGGCUACAGUUCUGGUGAUGUAUUUAUAAAAAGAAUUGUAGCAAAGGCUGGAGAUUGGGUUGAGCUUCGUGAUGGUUCUUCUCAUCAAGGCACUGUUACAUCAAUGGAACCCAAUGAGUGUCUUUUUGUCCUCAAUUCCAAGACCUCCAAGAAAGGCAAGAUUAAGGCUGUUCACCUUGUUGAUGUUCCUGGCCACUCACGUUUGCGCCCUAAAUUGGACGAAUAUGUCCCUCGAGCAGCUGGCUUAGUAUUUGUUGUAGAUGCAGUGGAAUUCUUGCCCAAUUGUCGUGCUGUUUCAGAGUAUCUCCAUGACAUUUUAACAAAAUCGAGUGUUGUCAAGAGGAAAAUUCCACUUCUUAUCCUUUGCAACAACGUGGAUAAAGUCACUGCACAUACAAAAGAGUUCAUCCGAAAACAACUGGAGAAAGAAAUUGAUAAGCUUCGGACAUCAAGAAAAGUUGUAUCAGAUGCGGAUAUAUCUAAUGAAUUCACACUCAGAAUCCCAGGGGAACCCUUUUCAUUCUCUCACUGUGUAAACAAAGUCACUGUUGUUGAGGCUUCUGCAUUAACUGAAACUUUGGAUGUUGUUCAAGACAUUGAUUGGGUCAUUUCUCUUGGAAAUGCUUUUGCAAAGCAGUAUGAGCUUUAUACAUAUGGUGAUGAGCAUUCUGCACUACUUCACAGAGUAUUCUUCUCCUACAAAUGUCUUGGUAUACUUCUUCAGAAAGUUGAUAACAUGACUUAUGUUCGUGAUAAAAUCGUCUGGAUGUACAACCCAAUGCAGGCUUAUUUUGGUGCUGGAUUAAGUGGAGUUCUGGCUUGGUGUGUGCGAGUGGGAAGGAACCAACCCAAUGCCCCCGGAGUUCUGGCACCUUCCAUCUUUACUUCCUAUGUAUCCAGGGUCUUGUUCAAUGCUUUAGCUGUGUUUGCUCUAAGGGAGAUUAACUUAUCAAAAGUUAGUUACUGUUUCACCCUUUUAUUUAAUAUUUUUGUGAUUGAAUGAAAGUCUUAAUGAAAGUAAUUGACAACCCUUUCUCUGUAAAUGUUGUUGUGAUUGUGGGAGAGGUGUUGUGUUUUUCUCUGUUGCUAGGUAACCUUCUCAACAACAACAUUCUACUUAAGCAGGUGAGUAAUCAAGAUUAAGGGAGACUUGUAAUCAUGUUUGACAUUCCUUUCCAGUAAGAAACAGAGUUGUAUGAUUAUUUGUUAGUUUUAUAGGAAUGUAUAACCCAUGUUAGCAAUGUAUUAUUUUUGUUUA